AUGCCGCCCGGUUCGGUCGUAACGGCUGAGUCCCUCGUUCAAGUGGCCCAGCAGAUCAAGCCUCAGGACGAUGCACAACAGGACCAACGACCACUUCCAACCCAGCUAGAGUCGCCCCCUCAAGAUCCUCGGACCAAAGACGCCCGACGCACAACCAAGGACGGCUCAGCCCAGAGACGGCUGGGGGCACCAAGUUAUACUGAGCUGUACCCACCCGGAAAGCGUAGGACCUGGCGCGAGUUGCUCUCUAGGGCUUCUUGGGCACUCCACACAUCAAAGCACUCUAUGAGCAUGUUUCCCUAUAUCUUGACCUACGGCCAUGGCAUUCAUGAACUAAUGGAGCUAGAGGUUCGAUUUCUUCGAAUUUUCAUGCAACUUAGGCGAAAGAUGGAGAGCUACGCGCAAACCGUGCCCCGGAGUUUAGAAAAGUUAGAACAGUUAAGGCUCGCUGCUUACAGUUCGGCGGAAGUUCAAGAAAAAAUGGCACAGAGGUCCUACGACAAAAAAAGUCAAAAAGAAAAAGGAGGGGGAAGUAGGCAAAAAACGUGCUAA